AUUUGGGUACUGGUUACAUUCCCAAUAUCGGAGCCUGCACCGUCGGACCUUUUGAUGCCUCUCCCCCUUCGUUGCCGAAUUCAACUCCCCCUAUUUGGCACCCGCACCUCGUCUCUUACCUCAUUAGCUCUAGCAGCCCGUUGUGAAUACCGCUUAGCGCAACGUAUUAGUUGUCUCUGAUAAUGGGGCUCGAGGCGGACCUUGAAAAGACAGCACACGCCGGCAGCAGAGUCGCUACUCUGGACAGUGCUUCAGCUUCGGACGUCGAAGAUGUUGCGCCCGCAGACGAAGAAGAGUUCCAGCCUCCAGAUGGAGGGCUUACGGCCUGGUCCCAAGUUCUCGCUGGUUGUCUAGUCAACAUGCUAGCCUGGGGCUACCCUUCCACGUUUGGCGUAUAUCAGCUCUACUACCGGGACACGCUCAAGGUUCCCGAGGCGCAGAUAUCGUGGAUAGGCUCCCUCCAGACCUUCUUGGCCUUUGCGACGUGCACCUUUUCCGGCAGGCUGGCCGACGCCGGCUUCAUGAAGUCGACCAUGGCCGUGGGCUCGUUCCUGACCAUCUUUGGAAGCUUCAUGACGAGCGUGGCGACAGAAUAUUGGCAGAUCUUCCUCGCCCAGGGCGUCUGCACCGGCCUCGGCCUCGGUAUCAUCUUCAUGCCGCCCCUCGCCGUCAUCAAUUCGUACUUCAAGGCGAAGCGGUCGUUUGCGCUCGCCAUUGCGGCGACCGGCACGGGCAUCGGCAGCGUCGUGUUCCCUGCUGUCGUGCAGUACCUGAUUCCCCAGAUCGGCUUUCCAUGGGCUGUCAGGUGCUCGGCUUUUGUGGCGCUGUUCCUUGCCGUCGCGGCCAUCUUGCUGCUGAGGCCGCGGCUAAGGCCGAGAAAGCUGGGCCCUCUCGUCGAGUGGGAAGCCUUCAAAGAGGGCCCAUAUGUCCUCUACACUCUCGGGUCCUUCCUGUUCUUUUGGGCUCUCUACUUUGGCUUCUUUUAUAUCAACGCAUAUGCUCGCAACUUUAUUGGCUUCUCUACUACGGACUCGGUGCAGCUCUUGCUCAUCACGAACGGCUUGAGCGUCCCGAGCCGGCCUCUCAUGGGGUUCUUGGCCGACCGAUACAUGGGCCCCAUCAACACCUUCACCACUGCCACGCUUUUCCUAGGUGUCAUGCUGUUCGCCUGGAUCGGCGUCGACACGCGCACCGGCAUGUACGUGUUCUCCGUCUUCUUCGGGCUCGCGAAUGGUGCCGCCCAAGGCGUCUUUGUCGGCUCCCUCGCCAGCCUCACCAAGGACCCGCGCAAGAUGGGUACCCGCUUCGGCAUGGUCUGCACCAUCGUGGCCUUUGCCACCCUCGCCGGCCCGCCGACUGCCGGCGCCAUCAUCGACAAGUCGGGAGGCAGCUAUCUGUGGGCGCAGGUCUGGGCCGGCCUCGUCAUUGUGCUGAGCUCGCUAGUCCUGGCGGCGGCGCGCUGCGCUGCAACGGGAUACAAAUUCAAGAUCAAAAUCUGACAUGGCCAGGCUAAAAAUGGGGUCGGCGAGAGAGUAGUAAAAAGGGCUGGUAUUUGAAAUGGAGGACGAACGUCUGGAGUAAAAUUUUCUUGUAUAGUCACAAAAGGGAUUGCAUGCAGUCUUUGAUGUGCUAAUAAAACGAAGCUAGUUUGUCUAGGGACAUUUUGAUUCUCGGCUGAACUGUGGUUCUUUUCGAUGUAGUGCAGCAUGGAGUAGUGUAACGUGUAACAUGGAAAUG